UGUAAGUGUAUAGUGCCAAAGGUUAAGUAGUGGGGGUGAAACUUCAAAGGCAUGCUUAGCCACUGUGCUUAAGGUCCACACCCUCUCUCUUUCUCUUCCUCUCUUUCUCUCUCACUCCCAAGUCCCAACCAACAACUUCAAGAACUAACAAUGGACUUGGACGAGCCGGAGGAGGAGCUAGCAGCGCUAGCCAAGCCAGUGGCGGUGGCCGGAGGAGGAGGAGAACCAACAAAGAGAUCCGGCGGAAGCACCGGAAAGUACAGAGAGUGCUUAAAGAACCAUGCUGUCAGCAUCGGAGGUCAUGCCGUUGACGGUUGCGGUGAGUUCAUGCCUGCCGGUGACGACGGCUCCGUUGAAGCCUUUCGCUGCGCCGCCUGUGGUUGCCACCGUAACUUCCACCGCAAAGAUUCCCCCGGUUCCAUCGCCGGUGAUGAUCCUUCCCCUUUCUCACCUUAUUACCGCACUACUCCUGCCGGUUAUCUCCACCACCAUCACCACCACCACCUUCCUCCUCCUCGUCCUCUUGCACUUCCUUCUACUUCUCAAGAAGAAGGAACUAACCCCAUGGCUGGUGGUGGUGGUGGUGGUGGUGGUGGUGCUUCCUCUUCCGGCAAGAAAAGGUUCAGAACUAAGUUCACAGUGGAGCAGAAGGAGAAGAUGCUGGCUUUUGCUGAGAGGCUUGGAUGGCGCAUUCAGAAGCAUGAUGAAGCUGCUGUUCAAGAGUUCUGCAACGAGACCUCUGUUAAACGCCAUGUUCUCAAGGUCUGGAUGCACAACAACAAGCACACUCUCGGAAAAAAACCCUAGCUAGCUUCUCUUCUUCUUCUUCUUCUUCUUCUUCUUAUAUAUUUUAGGGUUAGGGUUAGGGUUAGGGUUUCAUUUCUU